AUGGCUAUCAGCCCCAAAUCAAAAGCCCUUUGCUUUGCCCUAAGUCUCUUAGGAACCCUUGAUUUCAUAAUCUUCUCUCAAGCCACUACUGAUUUUCUCAUUCACCGGGAUUCCCCUUUAUCUCCCUUCUACGACCCUUCAAUCACCCACUUUGAUCGCUUGCACAAUGCUUUCCAACGCUCAUUCAAACGCAUCAACCAUCUCAAAGCUGCUGCUGAUAGCCUUAACCAUGGCAGCAACCUACAGGCCCCUAUGAAACCUGGUGGUGGAGAGUAUCUCAUGAAGAUUUUCAUCGGAACACCACCUGUUGAAGUAAUUGGCAUUGCUGACACAGGUAGUGACCUCAUAUGGACACAAUGUUUGCCAUGCAGACAAUGCUACAAUCAAACUAUCCCUCUCUUUAACCCUAGUCGUUCCAAAUCAUACCAGACAAUACCAUGCCUACCUACACUUUGUAGCCAAAUACUAGGUUUACCAAGAACACAAUGUCCUGAUAAGAAAACAUGUGGUUACAGUUGUGCUUAUGCAGAUGGUUCUCAUACUGCGGGAAACCUUGCUUUUGAAACAGUAACCAUAGGCAUCAGCAACCCAAUUUCUCUUCCAAAUGUUACAUUUGGUUGUGCUCACGAUACUGGUGGCAUAUUUGAUGCGUCAGGAUCAGGCAUAAUUGGCCUUGGUGGUGGCAACCUUUCACUGAUUUCUCAAUUGGGUCCCUAUUCAUCUGGUGGGAAGAAAUUCUCCUAUUGUCUGAUUCCCAAUACAGUGAUGAAUGAGAACUCCACCAGCAAGAUUAAUUUUGGAAACGGUUCUUUGGUUUCUGGUCCUGGAGUCGUUACAACUCCUCUUAAUAAUCUUGGUGGCUUUUCAGUCACGUUGGAAGCCUUGAGUGUAGGGAAAGAGAGGAUUGAAUUUGCACCCAAGGGUAAUGUUACCAAAGGAAAUAUGUUGAUUGAUACUGGAACGACUUAUACUCUUUUGCCAUCUGAUGUUUAUAAUGGUUUGGUACAUGCUUUAAGCAAAGUAAUUAGGGCUAAAAGGGUGCGUGACCCUACCGGUACUUUUGACCAUUGUUAUGAAAGCAGUGACAAAAAUAUGAAACUCCCCAUUAUCACAGCACAUUUUGAAGGAGGAGAUGUGAAUUUGCCGGCAGUGAAUACAUUCUCUAUGGUGAAGAAGGAUGUGAUAUGUUUAGCAAUGGUUACACAGUACCAAUUAUCUCUCUUAGGAAACUUGGCUCAGACCAAUUUCUUAAUAGGAUAUGACCUUGAGUCUCGCACUUUCUCCAUUAAACCUACUGAUUGUAGCAAGUUAUAA